UGACAAUGAUACGUACGCUUGCGUAAAUGUGUAUCAAGUCAAUCGUCAAUCCUGAUAAAUUGUUCAUUCUACUACUGAGACCCUUUCGGAAAAUUGUGCAAACAAACAAAAAACAAAAUCUUUGAUGGAAAUGUUCAAUAGAGGAAAGCAUGAGCAUAAAAUUAUUGUCAAUCCUAUUUUGUUUCGAUAUUUCUAUAUUCAAUAUAGCUGAUGAGCAGAGGUUGUUGUUGAAAGAGGAGUAUUACUUUCUUUUAAGCAUGAAUUGUUGAUAACAUUUUCUCUGCUUCUUCAGUUGAUGGUGUGGAGCCUGGAUGGAUGGGAAAGGCAGGCUGCCAAGUUCUUGAAUAACAGCAGGACCCGUUUGUCUAAACCUCUUGCUCAGACCCACGGUAAAUUUCAGAAAGAUCAAAUACACAUUCUGGUUACACACUACAGCCAGUUAGCAUAUUUGAAGCAUCAAAGUUGCAGUGCCUUAAGCAGAAUGGUAUACCCAGCUGCAGUUGUAGCUCAUCCAUCUGAACCUAAUCAGUUCGCCAUUGGACUUAGUGAUGGUGGAGUUGUGGUUCUUGAGCCUCUAGAGUCAACGGAGCAAUGGGGAUCUAUGCCUCUAGUCGAGAGUGCAGGGCCUAGCACUAGCCCUAGUAGCCACUGUGAUUGAGUUGAUGAUUGUACUGCCACCAUACAUGUUGAGGAGCUAAAAAUAUUUUGGAAUUGUAGAGGUAUCACUUGAGGAAUGGAAUUCCUUCUCAUCAUAGAAACAAAAAUCAACAGUAAAGCGGCUUUUGUUUGUAGUU